AUGUCUCUCUUGUCGCUAUCUGCGCGGCAUUCCGCGUCCGUAGCAGCCUCUCCGGCCGUCCGUUGCGGCGCGGUCGCCCCUCCAUGCUGCCCGUCGUCGGCGCGCGCGGCCCACCUUUCGCGCGUCGACGCGCGCACGGCCGCCUCGCCGUCCAGCUCGUCGAGGGCCGUGGCGAGGGCGCAGCGCCCCAAUAUGGGGAGAGCUCGCGCGCACGCGGUGUCGGUGGCAGAGGGGCAGACGGUGGAAGGCUCGACGCGCGGUGAGGGGGAGUUUGAGGCGGUGAUCGGCAUCGAAACGCACGUGCAGCUGAACACGGCGACCAAGGCGUUCUGCAGGUGCGCGGCGCAGUACGGCGCGGCGCCCAACGAGCACGUGUGCCCCACGUGCAUGGGGCAGCCCGGCGCGCUGCCCGUGCUGAACGCGCGCGUGGUGGACGCGGCUGUGCGCCUGGCGCUGGCGCUGCAGUGCCGCGUGGCGCUGACGAGCAAGUUCGACCGCAAGCAGUACUUUUACCCCGACCUGCCCAAGGGCUACCAGAUAUCGCAGUUUGAUGAGCCCCUGGCGGCGCGCGGCCAUGUGGACGUGGACAUGCCCCUCGACGUGGGUGGCGGGCGGCGGCGCUUUGGAGUCACGCGCGCCCACCUGGAGGAAGAUGCCGGGAAGUCGCUGCACGGGGGGGAUGGCAGCCAGGUGGAUCUGAACCGGGCGGGGGUGGCACUGGUGGAGGUGGUAUCUGAGCCCGACAUGCGCUCCGGGGCAGAGGCAGCUGAAUACGCCGCCGAGAUGCAGAGACUGGUGCGGUACGUGGGGGUGGGCAACGGCAACAUGGCGGAGGGCUCCAUGCGCUGCGAUGUCAACGUCUCCGUGCGGCCCCGCGGUCAAACCACCCUUGGCACCAAGGUGGAGAUCAAGAACAUGAACUCUUUCAAGGAGAUGCAACGUGCCAUCGACUUUGAAAUCACGCGGCAGUCACAGCUGCUCAGGGACGGCAACGCGCAGCACAUCGUGCAGGAGACGAGGCUGUGGGAUGAGGGCAGGCAGGAAACAGCAGCGAUGAGGUCCAAGGAGGGCCUGGCGGACUAUCGGUACUUCCCCGACCCGGACCUGCCCGCGCUGCACCUGGAAGACGCCUUCCUGCACCACCUGCACGCGGGCCUGCCGGAACUGCCGGAGCAGCGGCGGCGGCGCUACGAGGCGCUGGGGCUGUCCAUGCAGGACGUGCUCGUGCUCGUGGACGACAGGGAGUUUUCGGACUACUGUGAUGGCGUGCUGGCAGCGGGCGCGGACCCCAAGGCGGCGGCCAACUGGCUGAUGGGCGACGUGACGGCGCUGCUCAAGGCGCACCGCUGCUCCGUGCCGACCAUGGCCGCCCGCAUGCCGCCCGCCAGCCUGGCGGAGCUCAUCGCGCACAUUCAGGACGGCACCAUCAGCGGCAAGAUCGGAAAGGAGCUGCUGCCAGUGCUAUUCUCGGAGGGCGGCAGUGCACGCAAGCUGGUGGAGGCCAAGGGGCUGCUGCAGAUCUCAGACGAGGCGGCCAUAGAGCGGAUGGUGGAGGAGGUGCUGGAGGGCAACCCCAAGCAGGUGGAGCAGUUCCGCGCCGGCAAGACCAAACUGCAGGGCUUCUUCACCGGGCAGGUGGGCUUCUUCACCGGGCAGGUGGGCUUCUUCACCGGGCAGGUGGGCUUCUUCACCGGGCAGGUGGGUUUCUUCACCGGGCAGGUGGGUUUCUUCACCGGGCAGGUGGCCUUCUUCACCGAGCAGGUGGGUUUCUUCACCGGGAAGGUGGGUUUCUUCACCGGGCAGUUGGGCUUCUUCACCGGGCAGGUGGGCUUCUUCACCGGGCAGGUGUUCGGCACGCUUCGAACGGUCUUCUCGCCUACAGCAUCAUACUCUCCUGUGAAGCCUACCAUUGACAAGGUAGCCGAUUUCCAACUUCCUGCUGCUGCUCUCAACGGCGACAGUGAGACGUGCUGCAGCAGCGUGCUUCUAAAGAGCGUGAGGCCGCUGCUGGAGAAUCUGGCGAAGCACAUGCAUGCGUCGUCCUCCCAAGGCAUCGCUAACGCCCAGCACAAGCCCAUGAAGUCGUACGUAGCUGACGCACCUGAUGUGAAGCGGCCUGGAAUCGGCCGCUUCGGAGGCAAGGCUGCUGCUGUCGUGCUUGCACCUGCGGUCGUCACUGCUACUCCCCUCUCACCAUCUGCUGCUGCUGCUCCCGUCACACCAUCUGCUGUGGUUGCGCCUGUGGUGGUGCCUGAGGUAGCGCUUGUGGCUCCAGUGGCUUCAACCACACCACAGGUGCCUGAAGCGAGUGUGACCACAGGAACAAUAUCCGAGGAGGCGUGUGCACGUGCUGCUGAUCCGAGUGAGAAAGCGAGGUGGUCGAAGCUGCGUCAGGAGGUUCGAGCUAUGGAUUUUGCAAUGACACGUGCUGCUUACCUGAGGUGGGACAAGCUGAGCAAGGAGAAAUCAUGGGCCAUGGAGCUUGAAGUCGCCAUUGAAGCCGCCCUGCGCACCUGCUUCUUGCCCAAGCAUCCUGAUGCUGGCAAGAAUGGGUGCAGCAGCAAGGUGGUGAGCAUGGGCGUGAAGGGUGGUAAGGCCAACAACACGCAUGCAAGCUCUGCCCCAUGUGCAGCAGCAGCAGCGGUUGCGGGAUCAUGUGGUGCUGCAUCAUUUGUGAGAGCAACUAGCAAGGCCAGCAGCAGGCAGGCGAGUGGGGUGAAGAGGAGAGAGGGGGAGGGGUGUACGGAGGGAGCAGCAGGGAGGGCAGCAGGUGGAAGGCAGGGUGGUGUGAAGGCAGCAGGUGGCAGAGCAGUGGCAAGUGGCGUGUGUGGCAGGGAGGGGGUGAAGCAGCAGGCGGGGAGGAGAGAGGGUUCGGUGCGUGAGAGGCAGGCGAGGCCAGGCUGCAGCAGCAGCAGGGCGCACAGAAGGAGCUCGUGA